AUGGGUGAAUUCAUUCAAAGUUCAACCUUUUCAUCAGAAGCCAAUGAUCAACUGAAAUGGUGUUUGAGAGUAUACCCAAAAGGGAAAAAUGAAGAAAGCAAAGAUUACCUAUCUCUUUACCUGAUAUGUCUCAGCUUUCCAAAGAGUGAAUUUUGUGUAAAAUUCAAAUUCUCAAUCCUGAAUGACAAGGGAGAAGAGACCAAGACUUUGGUCAGUCGCCUUGCAUAUAGAUUUGUACAAGGCAAAGACUGGGGAUUCAAGAAAUUCAUCCGUAGAGAUGUUCUCUUGGAUGAAGACAAUAGUCUUCUCACUGAGGACAAGCUGGCCCUCUUCUGUGAGGUGAAUGUGGUGCAAGACUCCAUCACCAAUUCUGGCCAGAAUCACAGGAAGAUGGUAAAGGCUUCAGAGUGUCAGCUGACCGAUGAGCUAGGGGGACUUUGGGAGAAUUCCUGGUUCACAGACUGUUGCUUUUGUGUGGCUGGCCAGGAAUUCCAGGCUCACAAAGCUAUCUUAGCAGCUCGUUCUCCAGUGUUUUGGGCCAUGUUUGAACGUGCAAUAGAGGAUAGCAAAAAGAAUCCAGUGGAAAUCAUUGACGUGGAGCCUCGAGUGUUUAAGGAAAUGAUGUGCUUCAUUUACACUGGGAAGGCUCCCAACCUGGACACAAUGGCUGAUGAUUUGCUGGUAGCUGCUGACAAGUAUGCCCUGGAGCGUUUGAAGGUCAUGUGUGAGGAAGCCCUCAGCAGUCAGCUGUCUGUGGAGAAUGCUGCAGAACUGCUCACCUUCGCUGACUUCUACAGCGCAGAUCAAUUGAAAACUCAGGCAGUGAAUUUCAUCAACUUUCAUGCUAAGGAUGUUAUGGAGACCUCAGGGUGGCAGGCACUGGUGGAGUCCCAUCAGCACUUGGUGACUGUGAUGUACAGCUCUCUGGCUUCAGCACAGGGCCCCCACGCAAGCUCCUAA